AUGUCCGUUCCCAACGUACCGAUUUGCCGGAUUUGCCUUUCGAACGAUGAGCUACAGGUUUCCUUGUUCAGUGAAUACGCGCAACGGAAGCUAUUGCUUACGAAGAUACGGGUCUGUUUGCCAAUAACAAUCACCCACGCUGAUACGUUGCCGGUGACCAUCUGCAGCCAGUGUAUCAUUCGGUUGGAACAAUUCUACGAAUACUACUGCAAAUCGGAAACGUCACAACGAAUUUUAACGGCAGGCAAUGGUAAUCUGGGUGAUUCAACUCGCCGUAGGACACAUGGCGAGAGUUCCCAGGUUAAUGCGACACUGUCCAGGAAUGGAGCUACACCCAGAAUAAGCACGAGAACGUGCGCAGUGUCUGAGCAAAACGGGCAUGGUUCCAUGUCGAUUGCCGACCAGAUGGAUCCGAUCCUUACGCUGUCACCACAAGUAACACGACCAGCUGUUUCGUGUGAGAUGCAAACCCCUCGGGCCUCGAUGUCUCCUCUACCAACGUUGAGCUUUUUGCGGCACGUAUCGAAAGACAGGACCAAACGAAAGUCGAAGAAAGCUUCGACACAAAAUGAAUUUAAAAAAUUUGUAGGAACAGGUUAAUAAAUGAGAAUGACUUUGACAAUAAAUAGUUA